ACCAGGGUGGGGAGGGGGGCUUUCUCUUCCUGCGACGCCAACUAUAAGCUCUCAGGGAGGAUGGGCCCGGAAAGCGGCCGCGCAGUCGACGCGGCUCCCGGACAGGAAAAGAGCGUCUUCUCUGCUAAAAAAACCAGAGUCCCCUACAGGCUCGAAAAACAGGCGCCUUUCCUAUUUCUACACUUCCAGUUUGCAGAGCGGCGGAAGGAUUAAUGAGGGGAAGAUUCAAGGAAGAGGGCGGCGCCUCUUCCCUGCAUUGGCCCUGUGACGAAAGAGGGGGCUGAAUGCAGCAAGCGCACGUAGCUAGUCCUCAGGAGGGUCGAGGAGGAGCGACCAUGCCUGGAGAGUUAGGCGCACAGGCACCGUUUGGUCGCUCCUCUGAGGGGGCGCGCGGCUUUUGCCACUCUCUUGGGCGGAACUAGUUGGCCACGGGACAGUGGGGGUGGUGGGAGGAAGCCCUACAUUGUUCGUUAGGGAGGAGGGGUCUCUGCCUAGCAGCUUCUGCCCCUCCCCUUGCUCAGUGGUCGCGUCGGGUGCCAGCUUUGCAUCCAGGUGCGUCCAGGUAGGGCAGCGCGAGGCACCUGUUCCGUCGGACUCCUCGCUGGUCCUCGAAAGGUGUGCGGGUGGCAGUGGGUGGGCGAGGCGUAAGCUAGGAAACGUCUGGCUUGGAGGGACGCCUUCUCCCCGCCUCUGCCACAGAGUCUCUGCUUGCGGCCAUGGUCACCUCCUCUUCACUUUUCUCCCUUCUGUCAUGGGACGCAGAGCCCGGGAAGGAAUAUAGGAAGCAACCCAAGGUAAGCUGCCAUUCCCUCCUCCUUGAGAGACAGCCUUAGUCUCGGGAGGGCCAAAUGAGCUAGUGCCUCUGAGCAUGUUUAAAGUGUACAGUGGUACCUCAGGUUACAGACGCUUCAGGUUACAGACUCCGUUGACCCAGAAAUAGUACCUUGGGUUAAGAACUUUGCUUCAGGAUGAGAACAGAAACUGUGCGUGGCGGCAGCAGCAGCAGGAGGAGACCCCAUUAGCUAAAGUGGUAACUCAGGUUAAGAACAGUUUCAGGUUAAGAACGGACCUCCGGAACGAAUUAAGUUCUUAACCAGAGGUACCACUGUAUUUCCAUGUGAAGUUUCACCACCAAAAGUGCUUCAGAGCAUAUGUGGCGGGAGAGCAAAAGAGCUUAACUCUGAGAGGAAUGCAUGAAGUGAAAUGAAGAAAGCACCCCUGAAUUGGCGCUCAUCCCCCCCCCAUCUGUCUGUGUGCUGCGCCACAUAUCUGGGAUGGGAGCAAGAUGCUGCAUAUUUCUUUAGCACUUAAGCCAUACUUCACCUUUUGGUGCCCCUAGUUUGGGGAAGGAACAUGGGGCGUAGUAAAAUGCUGUUUAAGAACAGCCUGCUGUUUUAAGCAAGAUUUGGUAACCGUACCGUGAAGGGAAAUGGCCACAAUGAUUUAAGCAGAACACUUCUGCCUUAGAUUGCCAAAUGCCCAUUGGUAAAUAUAAACUUAAGGAUUUCGCAACACUCGAAUCUUCCAGCGUUCAGCUUCAUUGGAUGGCCACGAGUUCUAGUGUUAUACGAGAGAGAGUUAUACUAUCCCCCUUCUCCAUGCCAUGCAUAAUUUUGUAAAGCUCUAGGAAGUCACCUCUUACUUUUUCUCUUAACCUUUUCUCUUACCUUUUCUGAAAAACCCCAAACGCUGCAACCUUUCCUCACAGGGGAAGUUACUCCAUCCUCUUGAUCAUUUGGGUUGCCCUUUUCUAACUCUACAAUAUCCUUUUCGAGGUGAGGGGGAAAGAAAUGCUCACACUACACAGUAUUCCAAAUGUGGUUGCACUAUAGGUUUGUAUAGCGGCAUUAUGAUAGCAACAGUUUUAUUUUUCAGUUCCCUUCCUACUGAUUCGUAGCAUGGAAUUUGCCUUUUUCUCAUCUGCCAUGUUAGCUUCUUCAUCAAGCUCUCUACCACAACCCCAAGAUCUUGAUCCUGGUCACUUGUUUACAUUGAAUCGAACCUGUCAUUUUACCAUCCAGUUGGGAGAGGUCCUUUUGGAGCUCUCCACAAUCUCUUUUUGUUUUAACAACCCUGAGCAAUUUAAUAUCAUCAGCAAAUUUGGCCACCUCACCGCUCACCCCUAACUUGUUUAUGAAUAAGUUAAAAAGCACAGGUCCCAAUAUUGAUUCCACUUUCUACAUCUCUUCAUUCAGAGAACUGUCCAUUUAUUCCUACUUUGUUUUUCCUGCUGCUUAACCAAUUCCUGACACACAAGAGGACUUGCCUCGUGCUCCAUGACUGUUGGAACAGUGUCUUCAGAGUUGUUCUUUUUAUAUCUAAUUUUGCUCCAUCUUAAACAAUACCAUACAUAUCGACCAACCUGGGUUGCUGGAUGGACUUCAGGCCAAACACCAGUACUGUAGUUGUUUAAGUUACUGGUGAUUUAUUUUGGUUUUUUUAACCUACAUCAGCUGCAAAAGGUGUGGAUAGCUGAUGAAAUAGAGAGGUUUCUUAACAGACUUCCCUUUAAAAUCAACUGUCACUACCCCAAGCUGCUCAUUUUCCCCAUUGAGUCAAUCGCCCAUCUCCUACUACCCUCCUUAGAAAAACCCCAUCCCACUCUCCCACUAUAUAUAAGGGUCUGAUGACUUCUGUUUCAGUGUAUCUUAAGAAGUGUGCAUGCACAUGAAAGCUUAUACAAAGAACAAAUCUAGUUGGUCUCUAAGGUGCUACUGGACAAUUUUAUUUUUUUAUAUAUUUUGACUGCGUCAGACCAACGCGGCUACCUACCUGAAUCUUUCCCCAUGAGGAAAGUGAUGCAAGGACCUGUUAUCUUUUUCCUGCAUAAGGGAAAAGGCGGGGAGGGUGGUGGUGUUUAGUGAGAGAAAAUGUCAGAGGCAAGAAGCUGCUCCCUGCUCACCUGAUGCCAGUUUCCCACUGAAGCAGAUUGCAGACCCUGCAGCUGUUUGGGACAAAAAGAGGAAGGAAGAAAGAAAGAAAGAAAGAAAGAAAGGCGUGUUAGAGUAAGCAAGGCACAAGGCAGAGUAUGGUCUUUUUGGUGGUUGUCUGUUGCAUUUGUUUAUAUAAUGUUAUUGGUAGAGGCUAUUACACUGGUCGACAAUAAUUCAUGUGCAUGUAAAUAUUGGAAACCGUUUAAUCUAUCCUUGUGUUUAUUUUAAGCUGUUUGUCUUUUUUAUAGUUCUGUAGGUCUUAUCAUUUUGUAAUUAUUUGUCUGGUUUUACUUUUUCAUAUUUUUUCCCAUUGCGUGCAGUAUCUGUGCCCACACAGGGGAGGGUGGUCAUAUUGGCUUUCAAGGUUGAGAAACCUAUGUCUCUCCAUAUGUCGCUGGAGCCUAAUUCCCACCAUUCCUGGUCCUUGGCCAUGCUGGCUGGGUUUGAUGAGACAACAUCUGGAGUCCCAACAACAACUGGAAGGACACAGGUUCCCUACCUCUGCUCUAUGGAGGUUUUUGAUCAAAACAUGAAAGGGAAGCAAAUCUUAUCUUGCUGGCUCAUCACAGUAAACUGAGAAUUGCAGAAGUUAAACUUGCUGGAUUGUUCUUUCCUGCUGGCUUCUAAGAGAAGGAUGAUUUAUGCAGCCUUUGGGAGUGUGGAAGAACGCAUACGAAUGGCUAGAGAACUGAAUGUUCUUCUGUAGAUGCAGCUUGAUACUGAAAGGUCAUAUUUCAAACCUUUUUGGAGAUUGGGAGCAGGGUGUUAAUAUAUGAAACCCCAGCAUCUCUAUUGUAGACUCUGACAUUCCAGUAGAUUUUGUUUAAACCCAUUAUUCAAGCUUUUGUCCAGUGGUUCUUCGUGUCCCCUAAAACAGGAAAAUAUUAGCCUUCUCUUAUUGUGUUGAGGACCUAAGUUACUAGCACAAGUUCAAGAGGUUAAGCAGGGUUCAGACCCCUGAGCCACCCUGAGAGGCACUUGACAGAGGUAGGUGAGGCCAGAGGCAAACAUGGAUGGGGGCAUGGAAACACUACCUUUGUACAGUGUACUAGUUUCUACACACUCUUCUCUGUCCGCCAUCCAAACUAGGCAUGAUCAGAGUUCAAGGACACAUUCCGUUCAGACAAAAAGAGCAGGGUGCAAAGUGUGUCUGUGAGGAGUGUGGCCUGUGAAGAGUUCUGAGGACCAGACAGAUAUUUAUUUAUUAUUUAUAUUUUUUUCAUCUAAUAUAGUUAUAGCCCACCUUUCUCCCACAUGGGAAUCCAAGGCAGCUCACAACAUUUAAGAACAACAUUGUAAAAAUACAAAGUUAAUAAAAACACACUAUUGAAAAGCAAUAAUUAAAGCACACCAAAACAGGUUAAAAUGCUAGCAGUUAAAAUGCAGUUUGCCCUAACGGCAGCCCAGUGAGCGGCAUUAUCUGCUCCUGAAUUAUCAAAGUCCUGUCUGAAUAGGAAGUUGCUAGCCUGCUGGCAGAAGGACAGCAAAGACGGAGCCAAUCCAGCCUCUCUUGGGUGGGAAUUCCACUAAAUGGGAGCAGCCACAGAAAAGGCUCUCUCAUUUCACCACCAGCUGUGCUUUUGAUGCCUAUGGAUCCAAGAGAAGGUGCUCACCUAAGGAUCUUAGCACCCAGACAGGGAGAUAUAGCCUUUCAGGCAGCCUGGGCCCAAGCCAUAUGGGCCUUCAUAGGUCCUGCACAUUGAAUUGUGCCCAGAAACAGACCAGUAGCCAGUUAAGUUGUUUUAACAAGGGAGAAAUAUGCUCCCUGUAAGUGGCCCCAGUCAGCAGUCCAACUGCAGCAGUCUGGACCAGCUGAAGCUUCUGAACAUUUAAAAGUGUUCAGGCAGCCCAAUGUAGAGUGUGUUGCAGUAGUCCAGCCAGGACGUAGCUAAGGCCCCGGGGCCUGAAGUUCCCCACUACAGAAAUAAAUGUACCAGCCUUGCAUCCAGAUUUCAGUCCUAGCAUGGACCUCCAAUCCAGUGGUGCGCAUGUUCAGUGGCUGGGGCUGUGCAUGCCUAAUCUCAUCAAUUAAUGAUCAGCAGUAAUGCUGUAUCAGCCCCACCAGCUUUUUGAUGUUAUGAAUGAUUUUCAAAUGGGUGCAAUUCAUGUAUGUAUUUUAGCUAGAUUAGGGUGGGUACUACUGCUUUCUCUUUCUAAAUCCCAGUGUGCAUACAUGGCUUUAGAAAGCUCAGGAGAGAUAAGUAGUGUCCAAGUAAUGAGUACCAUUAUAGGAUUGUCUGUAGACAUCUCUGUUCCUUUCACUGCUUUAUACUACAGUAAGUUAUAGGCUAUUUCCAUCCUUGCAGCUUUCCAGGUGGAAUGAUCGUCUCCACUCUGCAUGCUGUUCUGGGGGCUCACCCAACUCCCUUGAAUCCUAUUUUAGGGUGCACCAGGUGUGUGCUGGGGAGGAGAGUGGGAAAUCCCUAUAGCAGAAGUCUCUUCCUAUGGUGACAGGAGUCCUUAAGUGAAUCCUUCCCUUGAUCUCAUGUAUUGAUGUGCUUUGCCAAUGAAUUUAGCUUAAGGGGAAUACUUGGACAAGGAGCAGCUGCUGUUCCAUUCUGCUUCCGUUACACUGAGAGCCAGUGUGGUGUAGUGGUUAAGAGCGGUAGACUCCUAAUCUGGGGAACCGGGUUUGCGUCUCCGCUCCUCCACAUGCAGCUGCUGGGUGACCUUGGGCCAGUCACACUUCUUUGAAGUCUCUCAGCCCCACUCACCCCACAGAGUGUUUGUUGUGGGGGAGGAAGGGAAAGGAGAAUGUUAGCCGCUUUGAGACUCCUUAAAGGGAGUGAAAGGCGGGAUAUCAAAUCCAAACAACUCUUCUUCUUCUUCUUCUUCUUCUUCUUCUUCUUCUUCUUCUUCUUCAGAGCAAACUGUAAUUGAGUAAUGUACAGAAUGAACUUACUAACCAGAAUUUCAACAAGUUACAAUAAUACAGGUAACAUCUUUGCAGCUGAUGAAAAAGAAAGACAGUAACUUGUUUCUUUUGGGUGUUCCAUAUUACAUCCUUAAGACAACUUCCUAGUAUUGUUCAACGUGUUUAUUAAAGGGGAAGUGUUCAGAUGGGUUUGUCAGUGAGAACAAGGAACAAUACAAAUUCAGUGUCUGAGUAAACCAUUCCAGAUAGGUAUCAGUGUCAGGCAAUUUUUAUUGCAUUAUCAAUCAGUCAGAAUUUUCUCAUGCUUUCAAAUCACUUCUGUGUUUGUUAGUCAAGGGAAGAGAAAGGAUUUUGGUGAAGCCUUGGAAUUUUACUCAGCCACAUCCCUAGCACUUGGAAGUUCAGCAGGCAUUGCUGACUCAUUUUCAAGCUUAUUUUCUCAACCUUAAUGACUGCAAUGUUGCUCCUUUAAAAUAGAACAGUUUUAUUACUGUUUGUAACAUUUUUUUCCAGCCCUUCUUAUUUUCAUACACCACUUAGGGUGGUUUGCAACAAUUUGAAUGCUUUUCGCUUGAAAACUAGUGUUUUACUCAUAUGAAAAAAUAACUGGAUAUUUUGAUUCACAGCUUGUUGUUUGGUUGACCACAAUUACUGUAAUUGGGUGACAGCCCCUAAGUAUAAAAUACAUGUAAUCUGGAAUAGCUAGACUACCAUGAGUGUUCAUUGUUGCGUGAGUGUUUUUAAUCUCGUCAGCUAUUACCUUUCGUGCCGCUAAUCCUGGAUCAUCUUCCUUGCAUAAUAUAAAUAUUUUCUUUUGCAAAGCUAGACAAAAACCUGCUGUAUUCUUAGCUCUUGAAGGCAUAGCAACUAUCUGAUUUCUUUAAACUGUUUAAUUUAAGGCUUGGAGCUCAAAUCACACCUGCACACAGAGACGGGGCAUAUUUGGACUUUAAGUAUUUAAAGCCCCAAAUAUGGGAUGUUAUCCAAUGCAAGAGAUGUGCACUAGCAGAACAGAACUUUUUCCUCCUCUCUUCUCCCUUGCAGCCCCCCUAUGCUCUGGUGAACUCUCAAAAUCAGUUCCAGAGCCGUACACUAUCCAGCUUUGAAUGACUUGUAUGUACUGGGGGGGGGGGGAUGUAAAACUGUGGUGUGCUGGAUGCAUUCUGACCCUAUGUCCUUCAAACCAAAUUUAUUAAUCAGGUGUAGAAAUUGAAGUUUCCCUUAAAUGAAUUGAAUUUCCCUUUAAUACAAUUUUGACGUGCCUUUACUAAUAGUGCAGGAUCCAGUCCUUUCCAAUUCAAACCACCCUCACUCCCAAAUCAAAGUUUGCUGAAUCUCUGGAAUAUUUUAGAUAGGAAACCCAUUUGACUCAUAUUGUGUGCAUAAAGUGUCCCUACUGAUAGAUCCCUUUUAAACAUGUCACAUUCCUGUUAAAAAAAGAAAACUGUUCUCUGAGUCACACUGGAUUUUUAUUAUUAUUUUUUUUAAAUCUCAGAAGGAUGAUAAGGUGCCUUUAAUACAGGCAUAGGCAAACUCCGGCCCUCCAGAUGUUUGGGACUGCAAUUCCCAUCAUCCCUAGCUAACAGGACCAGUGGUCAGGGAUGAUGGGAAUUGUAGUCCCAAACAUCUGGAGGGCCGAGUUUGCCUAUGCCUGCUCUAAUACUUUCCUCUUUAGUGGGGAAUGAGAAUGUAGGGCCUGGCUGGACCUUGACUGUUGCAAUGUGAGCUGUGUAUUCUUGCCAAUAUUUGUGGGAGUGGAGCAAAUGGUCCUCCUGUUUGCUAGGGGCAGAUAUGAUCCACUGGCUGAAAGGUCACCUAUUAACUGGGGGAACCUUAGCCCCACCCAAAGCAGAUCUGGCAAGUAGCCGAUUCCCUGUAUGGAAACAGGAGCAGCAGUGGAUCAACAUUGGGGUGAGUAACCUUUUUUGGUCAAAGUACUGCAUUCCCCUUCUGGGCAACUUUUCCAUAGGCCACAUAUCAGUAGUGGGCAGGGCCACAGGCAAAAGCGAGCAAAAAAAUACACCUCUCUUCUCCAGUCAGGCAAAAGUGUGAAGCAGAGCUGGUGAGGGGUGCAACUGGGGGAGGUAGUGUGGCUGGAGAGAGUCUGAAGGGCCAGAUUGAGAGGCACAGAGGGCCACAUUCAUGUCACAAGCCUGGGAUUCCCCACUUUGAACUACAGCAUAGGAUUGUUGUACAGAUGGGUAAGAUUAGUAGGGGUUGAUACUUACCACACUCCUUAAGCCUUUAGAUCAGGCUGGACUAUAUUUCUGGACAAUUAAAAGGUUGCUCUCAGUGGAUCUUUGUGAUCAGGUUUCUGACUUCUACACUGGCUAUUUCUCUUCAGCAAAAGUGCGCACCAAUUUACUUGUUCUUUGUUUGAGAUUCAUUUAUAAACACCUGAAUCAAACAACUGCUAAGUGGCGUAGAGAGAGGGGGGGGAGGGAGAAAAAUCAGUUACAUAGAUCAGCAACCUUUAAAAACAAGUAUAUGUAGCUAAAUUAUGUGCCUGGAAAAGUUUUAGCAGGCAUCUAAAACAGGAUUGCAAGGGUGCCUGCCUAAGGUUAAACUUAUCACCAUAAAACAUGCUGUGAUAUAGCUAAACGGAGCCUUUCCACUACUUAAGAAUAUGAGCUAUAUAACUGUAUAAAUUCUUAAAUACUAUAUGACAGCUUUACUGUUUCAGAAAAUAGUACAAGUUACAUAGCUCAUUUAAUUGCUCAAUUUGCUCAUGAUUUGUAUGAAGCUAUAUUAGGAAGGAUGGGGACUAAAUGUUAAUCAGAUACAAUAACAUAAACUGGUGUGUUUGAAUAUGGCAUUUAAUUUCUCUACCUCUCCCUCCACCCCAUUUUCUGUCUCUGCAUUUGCAAGUCACUGAGCAAGAUCACGGGCAUGUCAAGAACCCAGACCAAUUUCAGUAACAAGAUCAAGUAGUUAUUAGGCAGAAUGGUUUUAAAUUGUUGUUAGUUUUUCUUGCUGGUAAUUUUUUUGUAUUUUCUUUUUGGUAAACCACUUUGAAUCUUACGGGGUGGGGGAAAAUAAAUUCCUUUCCCCACCCCAUGUUUGUUUUCUUUUUGGAAUGGAAACAGUCUAACUUAGUCUGAGGCACCAAGAAUAUAUGAUAAUGUUAAGUCUCAUUACAUCUUUGAUAUUGGAAAGGAUGGCAUCAGUAUAUUGGUUUGGUUAUAAUAUUGUCUUUUGGUUGCAAACAGUAUUCUGUAUUUGCUAUAGUUUGUGGUGAGACUGUUUUAAGAAUCAGGGACAAGUAAUUACUAGUCUGAACCACCCUGAGACCUCUGGGUACAGGGCGGUAUAUAAAUUCAAAUAAUAAUAAUAAUCAAGUUUUUGUUUUUUUAACUGAAAAGCAUGCUGGAAGGCAAAGAUUUUGAAAAGAGUAAUGGCAGUGGGUUAAGGAGAAGGGGAGGAGGAAUGCUUAACCCUUUCCCUACUAGCUGCUUUUCUGCUCAAAAUUCCCUGCAGCUUCUUUUCCAGAUGCACAUUUACAAGUGUAAUACAGGCAGCUAUUUACACAGUGAUUAUAUUUACACAGUGAUUACAUUCCGAGGCACAGGGUGCAUUAGCAGGAUGUGCGUAAGCCCACCCCGCCUCGUUCUGCCCCUGCCCCAUCCCCUUGCGGUGCUGAAAACAUCAUACACAUAUCGAUCAUGCACAAGUAGGGAGGCGCCUCUACACAUCUCAGAUCUGCAGGGGAACCAGCUGGGUAGGGAACUAUUUUGAGCAGAAGAGCUGUCAGGAUAAGUCUUGGUGGGUGCGCAUGCACACAUCCCCACACUAUGCUGCCACUCAUUUGUUCAAAAUCCAAACUCCUGAGGCUGCUUUUCUUUUCUUUUUUUACCCAUCCCCAUUCAGAUUGCCCAUGCAAAAAGGACAUGUUUGACUCCUGCUGUUGCUUAAGCCAUGGAAGAUAGAGUUGGUGAAAGGGAAGGAACUGGCCAGACACCCUGUUGCACAUGCUUCCCAGCUCUCUGGUGGGGGCAGGGAGGGGGGCGGUAAAGCUGAAGUCACUGUUGGCUUAGAACAGCUUGAUUCUGGUUGUGUCUUGUGCAAGCACUGCAGGUCAGUUUUUACAAGCUCAGCAGUAUGCCCAAGUUCCUCUUUGUGUGCGUUAGUGGUUGGUUCAGUGUUGCUAAUUUAUGGCACUGUAGAAAUGCUUUCGACCACAUCUAGUUCUUCAGCUUGAUGUUUUUGAGCCAAGGUGAUAAUCCCACCACCAAUGUUUUGGACCAUCAGGCCCAACCUCCAUGGCCGAUGGUCAGGGAUGAUGGGAAUUGUAAUCCAUCAACAUCUGGAGGGCAGUGUUGGCUCUCUUUGUUCUUUGAGGCUGUACUCCCACUAAUAAUAUUUUCACGGGGGGAGAAGGAAUCUUGUAUUUCAAGUCUGGUAUGGAAGCUUUGCCAAGAACAGCAUGUACAUUAAGGAUGUACAUCAAAGGUGAGUGAGUGUUGAUGGGCAGCCUCAGUUCACACAGAGACUGCUGAAUCUGUAGGUGGAGGCCUCCUGCUUGCACAAGAAGAAGCCAUGUGGAUGAGACCCCCAUAUAUAAUUGUAACUUGUAUAUUUGUAAAUAAACACAAAUAUUGCAAAGCACCAACUAGCCUCCAAUGACCUCCAUCCAACGAAAACCAAACACAGGUAGUGCUAUCAUUGGGCUAUGCAUAAUAUUAGGUAACAACCAGCAUCUUGAAUUGUAAUUGGAUUCACACUGGCAUCCAAUGCAGAUUUGAUGCGACAAUAUAAUAUAUUUGUCACAGCCUUCCCCCACUAUAUUUGCUACUGCAUUCUGCACUGGCUGAGGCUUCUGAACAGUCGUCGUGAGCAGCCCCAUGUUCAGUGUGAUGCAGUAGUCUGUCCUCCUUAUGUUCCUAUUAACCAGUGGCGUAGUGUGGGGGGUGCAGGGGGGCCGGCUGCACCGGGCGCAACAUCUGGGGGGUGCGCGCUCGCACUCGCAGCUCUCUGCCCCCUGCUAAAAUCCACGGGUUAGGGGGCGCAAAUUACUUGCCUUGCCCUGGGUGCUGACAACCCACGUUACGCCACUGCUAUUAACUAACAGUUCCUGAGUCACCAGCAUCUCCCAGUCAGGGUGGAAGAAUAUGAGUUAACAGCCUUUACUGAGUUCAUGUGUUCAACCUCCAUUAACCCUUCUGAUAUGCAUUCAGAAAUUGCAGUUGUCAGCGAAUCCACCUUGUCCAUAGUUUCUUUUUAAAAUGAGCUUGGGGCAGUAAACUUUUGGGGUUUUUUUAAUAUGAUGAGGUUGACAAUUUAUGCUUUUUAGGCUGUUGGGAUAUCCUCCUUUUACUUUGCAGCUGAUAAGGAGAAAAUGUGGCCUUUCAGGUGCCAUCUGGGUUACAUUUUCCAUCAUCACUGCAUUGGCAUGUUGACUGGGGAUGAAUGGAAUUUGCGCAUUGGAGAAAUGGGAGUCCCUGUAAAAAAAAAAAGGAGAGGGAACUUCUGCUGUCAGGAUUUUAAUAGCCAAAAUGGACAAUGAAGUGUCUGGUGUGCAAUUGGUUGCCCACACAUUCCCCAAAACCCUUCUCUGUGCUGCUGGUGGCUUUGGAGUAAACCUGAUUUGGGGUUAGAACCAUUCCAAUAUGCCGUCCAGAUUAACAGUAAAAAAGGCAGGUUGCUCUUUAUUUUGUCACAAAUAUAAACUCUUAAGUGAUAUCUGUACCGCUUCAAAAUACUGCAAACGUUUCUAGUAAUUAAACUACAACAACAACACAAGCAUUUGCCCAGCAGAAAACCUUUUGCAAAAAGCAGUCUGUGCAAGAUGCUGGCAGCCCAUUCUGUGAAUGCAGCAGUUCAGUUAAUUCCGUAUCAAUAAUUCAUGGCACUGGCCUAUUUGUUAAUUACUGGCCCAUGGCCCAGUUCUCCUCCCUGCUCCCCCUAAAAGCAUACAUUUAUGGGAUGGCUUGCAGGGAUUUCGGUUCCACAGCAGUUUAUGCUUAUUAACUUUGAACACAAUAAUGCUGAAGGGGACAAAAAAAAAUUCCUCUGGUUUUCAAUCGUUUAUUCCAGCUAUAAUCUCAGUAAACUCUUAAAAAACAAAACCGGCUCUUCCUGUGCUGGCAAACGACAGUGUUCUGCACAAACUAUAACGCCCAUUUACAUGUUAUGAGGAGCCUCUUUCUGUAGGUUCAUCCCAUGAUAAUGGCUUUAAUGCAGAGGUUGUUGCCGUGGUGUCCUCCUGAUGUUGUGAAGGACAACCCCCAUCACCCACCUAUGCUCAUAUCCUGCUUUGGGAAUAGGCAUCUGGUUGGCUAUUGUGAGAAUAUAGCGCUGGACUACAGGAACCAGGAUGGCUUCUCUUAUGUUCUCACCAUUGAGAAGGCUGGUGGGAGUUUGUAGACUGCAACAUCUGGAGGGCACUACGUUUGCUAUCCUUGGUUGAAAGACCCACAUCCAUAUACACGGGAUCAACCACAGUGGUGUUUCUUCCACAAUUCACAUCCUUGGUGGGAAGCUUGUUUCAGUAGCAGGGUCCUCUUAGCCUUUAAACCACUAGUCCAAAGGGCCAUCUUGAGCACUGCUGGAAUGCUGAAAGCAGUGUUGCCCAACCUGGUGUCUUCCAGAUAGCUUGAGCACAGUUGUCCAUGCAUUGGUGACUUCAUGAUUGGAUUAUUGCAAUGUACUCAAUGUGGGGCUACCCUUGAGGGUUGGUCAGGAGUUUUGCAGCUGGUACAGAACAUGACUAGGUUGCUUGUGGUGACAAACUAACACCAGCAUAUAAACAUCCCGCUUGCAUGAUUUGCACUGGCUACCAAACUGCUACUGGGAGAAGUUCAAGGUGUUGGUACUAACAUACAAGGUCCAGGACCACUGGAGUGCACAAGGUUGGGCAAGGCUCCUUUAAGCACUCCAGAAGUGUUGCUAGAUCCUCUCUCCGCGGCAAUUUAAAGUGCUUCCAUGAUGCUUUAAGGGUAUUUGGCGUGAAUGUGGCCAUAGCUGCCAAUGAUUCAUUUGCUCAUCCUUUAUUUUUAUUUUUUUAAUAUUCCACUUAAUAUAUAUUGGGCUUCUUCUGGCCCAGGCAGUAUCACAGGGAUAGGAAACAUGAAAAGAAUAAUUUCUCCCAGCAGAUUAGGGAAGUAGUACAUUCUUAAAUCCAUCUUUGUACAGUAAAAAGGGCAACCUUAAUAGCAAAGGAGAGGAGCCCAUAACAUUGUGUGGUAGCAGUGCUAAUUAUUUUCAGUACCGUUUAAUUAUUCAGCUCUAUAUUAUCUGUUGCUGGAUUUAUACCCUGCCAUAAACAUGUAGCUUGUGCAGGUGAGAAGCUUGUGCAAACAACUCAUAAUGAACUGAAAAGAGAUAACAACUAUCAUGGGUGUGGGAAGCCCAGGAUCCAAACCAACCCUUCCUUGUCAGGGAGACAUUGAGUCCUUCAGCCUCUUUGUUGUGUUCUUCCCCUCAGCCCAGCUACCGUGCAACAAACUACAGUGGUACCUUGGGUUAAGAACUUAAUUCGUUCUGGAGGUCUGUUCUUAAUCUGAAACCGUUCUUAACCUGAGGUACCACUUUAGCUAAUGGGGCCUCCCACUGCCGCCAUGCCACUGCCAUGCAAUUUCUGUUCUCAUCUUGAAGCAAAGUUCUUAACCCAAGGUACUAUUUCUGGGUUAGCGCAGUCUGUAACCUGAAGCGUCUGCAACCUGAGGUGCCACUGUAUUGCUACAACUGAAACUGGUAGAAAGAAGUUACUUGCUACUCAUGGUCAGGGAGCAGAGUGACUGGGGGGGGGGCAUGUGGGGUGUGUGGGAAACCAGUUGGAUAGGCCUGGAGAUCUGCAUUUGGGCCCUGGCCUGAGGUUCCCCAUCCCUGAUAUAUUGGACAGGCGGUCUCCAGCUGUUGAUGGACCCCAGCUCCAUCAUCUCAGACCGCUGCCUUUGCUGGCUAGGAGUUGGGAGUCCAGCAAUAUCUUGAAAGCCACUGGUUCCCCCAGCGCCUGAGUUAUUGGCUAUAGUGACUAAAUAGAAGCUCCCAUCUUGAGAUCUCAUCCCUCCGAUCAUCAACAGCAGAGAGUGCUCUAUAAACUUUAUACCCUGCUUAUUCUGUUUAAAUUGCACAGGGGCUUUGAUGAGUAAGAAAUGUACAAAUCCCAUUCAAUUAAAUAAUGAGCUCAGGGGCAUGUGGGUGGCCUCUGUUGGAAAUAGGCUUUUGAGCUAGAAGAGCCUUUGGUUAGUUCUGGUAAAGCAAACUCUGUGUGCUGUUUAGCCCAGCCUUCUGUAGUCCUGUGUGAAUUACAAUGCUGUUUUUCUCUCCUCUAGGACAAGACCACAAUGCUUCAUGGCCACCUACUAUUUCUCAUUGGACUGACAUUUGCAUACAGAGGAAUAAAUGCAGAUCCUCGGUGUGCCGCAACAGGCAGGCUUGUGAACUACGACUGGUGCAACUUCACACAGGUUCCCCCUCUGCCUGAAGGCAUUGUUUUACUCUCCCUAAAUUUCAAUUUCAUCCAGCAAGUGAAUGCCACAUCCUUCCCACUGCUGGAGACAUUGACGGUUCUGUCACUUGGAAGCCAGCUGGUCUCUCCUGUCACAGUAGGAAAGAAUGCUUUUAGGAAUUUGCCAAAUCUUCAUCAACUGGAUUUAGCUCACAAUAAAAUGAUUGUGCUGGAUCCACAGGCUUUCAGGGGGCUGGGGAAGUUAAGUAACCUUCUGCUAUACUAUAGUGAUCUUAACGAAUCCAUUCUGGAAAAGGAUUACUUUAAAGAUUUGGUCUCUCUGGAAUACCUGGACCUUGCAUUCAAUAAGAUCACUAGGCUUCACCCUCACCCUUCAUUGCGCAACAUGCAAAAGUUAACACUUCUGAACUUGAAAUUAAACCGCAUUGAAACCAUAUGUGAGGGAGAUCUCUACAGCUUUCAAGGAAAAGCUUUCACAUUGUUGAAUCUUAAUUCUAAUGGUUUGUUUAAAGGAGAUUCUCAAGACUGGGCAACUUGUGGCAAUCCUUUCAAAAACAUUGUCUUCGAUACGCUGGAUGUUGGUGGCAAUGGCUGGGGUAUAAGAACAACCCAGCAAUUCUGUGCAGCUAUUCAGGGAACACCACUUGUGGGUUUGAAGAUAUCGUCCCACACCAUGGGCUCAUCAUUUGGCUUUAAUAACAUGCCAGACCCAAACAACAACACAUUUGCAGGUCUUGCCCAGAGUGGCCUUCGCCUGCUUAAUAUUUCACAUGGCUUUAUCUUUUCUCUUAACCCACGUGUAUUUCAAUAUCUUGGUGAUCUGGAAUUGCUGGAUCUCAACUCUAAUAACAUAAAUAAAAUUCAAAAAGAAGCAUUCUUUGGUCUCUGGAGCCUACAACACCUAGACCUGUCGUACAAUCUGCUGGGAGAACUUUUGGAUUACACUUUUGAAGGUCUUCUAAAUGUGCGUAUUAUAGCUCUGCAACACAAUCAUAUUGGGGUGAUUGAUAGGGCUCCUUUUAAAGGCCUGUCAAGCCUUCACACUGUGGACCUCAGCGAUAAUGCUCUAAAAGUAAUCUUAACACUCCCAAGUCUCAGCUAUGCUUUUUUAGGUAGCAACCGGAUACAGUCUGGAGACCACAGCAAAAUAGUGGCUAUAAAUUCAACAUAUGUUGACAUGGGAGGAAACAGGAUGGACAAUCUGGGAGACCUCUAUGAACUUCUCCGAUAUCCAGUGCCACAGUAUAUUUUGUUAAGAAAUAAUCGCUUCUCCUACUGCUACAGGUACAACGAUAUAGCAGAAGACAACCAGUUGCUCUACUUGGAUCUUGGAGACAAUAUGUUGAAGCUUGUGUGGGAGAGAAGUUUGUGUUUGGAUGUGUUCAAGGGGUUGUCCAAGCUUCAGGUCCUGCAUCUCAAUAAUAACUACCUUAGUUUCCUUCCAGAGGGCAUCUUUGAUGGCCUGGUAUCACUGGUUAGGCUUAACUUGGCUUCAAACCUCUUAACUUACAUUUCUCACAGUGCUUUUCCUGUGAGCCUCAGGAAACUUGACUUAUCCUCGAAUCAGCUGCUUUAUCCAGAUCCUCAGCUCUUUGCAACUCUGGACAAUCUGGAUAUCACCUAUAACAGAUUUUACUGUAAUUGCCUCUUAAGCGACCUAAUUGUGUGGCUGAACCAAACCAAUGUCACCUUAGCUGGGUCACCAGAUGAAAGGUUUUGUUUUGGACCCCCUGAUCUUGCUGGCAAAAGCCUUCAUGAGUUUAAUGUUGAUGAUUGCAAUGAAGACAAGAUAUUGGAGCCUCUGCAGUUGUCGCUCUUCAUUUUUACCACCGUUGCUGUGACAAUGUUCCUAACGGUGGUGAUUGUUUUUGCUCGCUUUAGAGGAACUUGCUUCAUUUGGUAUAAGACCGUGGUAAGAGUAUUCUUGAAGGAGCAACAGCCAGCGUUGGAGGAAGAGACCUAUAGAUACGAUGCCUACAUGUGCUACAGCAGCAAGGAUUUUGAGUGGGUCCAGAACUCAUUGAUAAGGCACCUAGACCUCCAGUAUUCUGAUAAAAACAAAUUUGCUCUCUGCUUUGAAGAGCGAGAUUUCUUGCCAGGAGAGGAUCACAUCACCAACAUUCGUGAUGCCAUUUGGAACUGUAGGAAAACAAUUUGCGUUGUGACGAAGCAGUUUCUCAAGGAUGGCUGGUGUGUCGAAGCUUUUAAUUUUGCUCAGAGUCGGUAUUUUUGUGACCUGAAAGACGUCCUCAUAAUGGUGGUGGCUGGAUCACUUUCGCAAUAUCAGCUUAUGAAGUAUCAACCAGUCAGAGUGUUUUUGCAAAGGGGUCAAUACUUGAGGUGGCCCGAAGACCCCCAAGAUGUGGAGUGGUUUCUAAAUGCACUUUCUCACCAAAUACUGAAGAAGAAGGAAGUAAAAAAGAAACAGAAGAAGAAGAAGAAGAAGAAACUCAAGAGGAAGAAAUCAAAGACAUUGGAAAUGAAUGUUAUUACCAUCUCUUAG